AUGGGUAAUAAAAAUUCACGUUCAAAACAUGAACGAUCAUUAAUCAAAAAUAUACAAGAAUUUAACCAAAUAGAAUCAGAUCAAGAAAGACAUGAAAAGUUUUUGGGAUAUUAUUUCUCGACUAGUACCGAUUCUAUUGAUAGGUUUCAUGUUUUUCAUUUUCUUAGACAAUAUAUAUUUCAAAGUAAUUUUUCUUCCCCAGUUGAGGAAAAUUUAAUUAGAGGAGGGUAUAAAGUUUUAGAUGUUGGGUGCGGUCCUGGUACAUGGUUAUUAGAUUUAUCGAGCAAAUAUGAAAGUUCUUAUUUUUUUGGAGUUGAUAGUGAACUAAUGUUUCCACAAGAAAUAAAACCAAAUAAUGUUGAAUUUUUCAAAGCUGAUGUGUCUGCCGGGUUAUUAUUUGGUGAUAAUGAAUUUGAUUUCACACAUAUAGAAUUAAUGAGACUUAUUUAUACAUCAGAUAAAUGGGAUUUCAUUCUUUCUGAGCUAAUUAGAGUAACGAAACCAGGUGGAUAUAUUGAAGUAGCUGAUAGACGUAAUGAAAACGUUGAAAGAGCUCCAAUUCUUCGUAAAUUAAUGGAUACAAUUAAUGAAAGUGGUUUAAAACGAAAUGUAGAUAUAAAUUUGAUUUAUAGUCUAGAAUCAAAAUUUGAGUUACACCCGAAUAUAGGAAAUGUUCAUCAAAUUGAGAAAAAAAUUAUUGUAGGACUCAAUAGUGACAAAAUUGGUUUGGUUUCUCGAGAACUGGCUUUAGCUUUUUUAAAAUCAGAACCGAUAUUAAUUAAAUUUCUGUCUGAGGAAUUGGGAGUUUCUGAAGAAGAAUACAAAAAAUUGAUAGAAAAAGAUCUAGUUGAGGAAUUUGAACAAGUUUAUUCUGAAAGUAUUUAUGUUAGAAUUUGGGCUCAAAAACAAUUAACAUAA